AUGCUUCAGUGCCCCUUCGAUGAUCCCACUACACCGGCGCUAGUCGGGAAAGAAAAGCCUCAACCCCACAAUUUUCCUGGUUCUGGUAGCUUUGUGUGCUCAAUGUGCUACAAGAUGUUCCCCCUGCAACGCAUACUGAUUCGCCACAUGAAGUGUCAUAGCUUGGUAAAGAGACAUCCUUGUCGAUUUUGUGGCAAAGGAUUUAAUGAUACUUUUGACCUAAAGAGACAUAUGCGAACACACACAGGUAUACGCCCCUACAAGUGUGAGCUUUGUGAGAAGGCAUUCACACAACGCUGCUCUCUGGAGUCUCAUAUGAGGAAGAUUCAUGGCAUUCACCAACAGUAUGCUUACCGCCAGAGGCGUUCGAAGAUCUUUGUGUGUGAAGAAUGUGGUUACACAGCAAGUUGCCCAAAUGAGUACUUUGUCCAUUUAAGACAAUGCCAUCCCAGCAGUCCUGCUCUCCGCAGGUACUAUCGCCAUAAGCCACAAAGCAACAGCUAUUUUGUAUCUGAAAAUGCUGAAGCCAGUCACUUGGUGUACCCUACAUUUUACAUGUAAGACCUCUUUUGUGUUUGUAGUAAGCUUACAUGCUGAUUUACAAAUCCAAAUAACGAUUUUUACUUUGAUUGCCAUAGCUGAGUCCAAUUACUAUCUUGCGCAUGCUCAUAUUCACAUGCAUAUUUUAUAAUUUUUCUUUACCGUUUAAAUUAAUAUUUAGUAUACGAUAUGUUCUACACUUUCCAGUUUUUCUUAUUUGUAUUUAGCAUUUUGUGAAUUUGUACUACAUGUAAUUCAUUUUAUGAACCUUUGACUUCAGAUUUUGUAAGAAAUCCAUUUGCCUGAGCUUAAACCU